AUGUUUUGGCAGUUGAACAAGGGAAACGGGAAAUUUUAUGGCCCAUCGAUAGACGUUAGAAUUUCUGAUGCAGUGAAAAAGAAUAUCCAGUGUGGUACUUUACAGCUUGAUUUCCAACAACCUGACCGGUUCAAACUGGAGUACUCGUCCUCAGCUGAGGAUGAAAUGUUUUUCAUAUUGUUAGAGCACUACGAAGGAAAAUGGCCCUUCUGGCUUAGUCCGCACCAGGCCAUAGUGUGCUCUUUGUCAGAAAAACAUCGUUCCUACGCUGAAAAGGUGAGAGAUCAAAUUCACGAAGCUAGAUACUAUGUGGAUGUUGACAUAAGUGGCAGAAAGAUCGAGGAAAAGGUGCGAGAAGCUCAGGCUGCGCAGUACAACUACAUACUGGCUGUGGGUGAUUUCGAAGCUGCAACGGGACAGGUGAGUGUUCGGCGGAGAGAGGAAAACGGUUCAGACUUCGUGGUGAUGAGCAUCGAGGCUUUGCUGGAUGUCUUCAAAGCUCAAGAGUGA